GUAUAAAUCCGGAAAACGAAAACGACAGUUCGGACGAGGCGGAACAAGGGCGUGAAAACCUAGCAGGUGAAGCAAAUAUUCAAAUUCCACCAGUUGUACCCGAACGGCCCAGAGAUGUUCAGCACAAUCAGCCGCCGAUGAUUCCUGAGCAAACAGCAGGUAAUGGUAAUCAUUAUGAUGAACCACUGAUUGUUCUUGAGCAGCCGGAAGGUAAUAUUGCUCAUUACGACGAACCGCCGAUGGUUCCUGAGCAGCCGGGAAAUAAUAUUCCUUAUUAUAAUGAACCACCGAUGGUUCCUGAGCAGCCGGAAGGUAAUAUUGCUCAUUACGACGAACCGCCCGUUUAUCUAGAAAUUGGUAAAAUUCUGGCUGCUCAUGGACAGCAAAGAAUCCCAGCUCACCCUCCUGAGCAAGAAAAAAACGUUACUUUUCCACUGACGCUAUGCCGUGGUUGUAUGGGGGCUGCACCAGUAAUGGUUUUAGUUCCAUGUGGACAUCUCGCGUUUUGCGAUAGGUGUUAUCAACGGAAUAACGAAGUAAGAGCCAAAAACGAGGCCCGUUUCUUCAAUAAUUUCAUCAUCCAUGUUGAGGAAUAUGCACGGCCAACACCAACAUGUUCUGUUUGUCGUACUGCAUACACGACGGUCAUUUUAUAAAAAAAGUUUUAAUAACGUACUAUAACGUACGAUACUUGAGAACAAAUAUUUUUUUAUCUUUGUAUUACUGACAGAUU